AUGUCAAGAAGACAAGCAAGCCAACAAGGAAGGAGGAGAUUAAAUAGGUUUGUGGAGGAGGAAGAAGAAGAAGAGGAGGAGGUUGAGGUCGAGGAGGAAGAUUAUGAAGAGGAAGAGAGUGAAGAAGAGACUACUAGUAAAAAAAGAAAAAGAGGCGGUUCAUCACAACCAAUAAAACCAAUAGCGCCAAAUGCAUCACAACCAUCACAAACAUCUUCACAAGCAGCAUCAAGAGAGGAAAUAUCAUCGCUUAGCAAUGAACAGAUCGAAAAUAUGGUAAACGAUUUUGUAAGAUUUAUAUUGUAUAUUGAUAGAAAAAAAUUGCCAAUUUUAAAAUCAGAAAUCACAAAAAAUGUAUUAUCGAAAAUAAGCAAGGAUAAGAGAUUAACUCAAAAUAUAUUUCAGCGUGGUAUUAAUAAACUUCAAAAUGUAUUUGGUUAUGAGCUUAAAGAGUUACCAAAGAAAUCCAAAGAGGCAACUCAAAGCUAUAUUUUAAUAAAUACCAAGGAGAUAUCAAAGACGGCAGCAGCAUUAGAUAAAAUUAUGGAAAAGGCAAGAGCUGAAGAGAUUGCCAUUGGCGAAAAUAAAGAGUCUAGAAUUUUAAGUCAAAACUUAUCGUUCAUUACAAUUAUUUUAGGUAUUAUAUUGAUUGAGGGUGGCCAUAUUGAUCAAAUAACACUUUUUCAAUAUCUUGGCCAAAUAGGUUUAAAAAGAAAUGAAAAACAUGAAGUGUUUGGUGAAUGGGAAAAACUAUUAGAAAAAUUUUCAAAAGAAAUGUAUUUAACAAAAACCAAAACAAGUGAAGUCGAUGGUGAACAAAAUUGGAUUUAUGGCUAUGGUCAAAGAGCAUUUGCAGAAACAUCAAAAAGAAAUAUUUUAAAUUUAAUUUCAAACUUAUAUGGUUGUGAACCAGAUACAAUUUUAUUAAAACAAAUUCAAAUUGAAGAAGAAAAGAUGGGUAUAACGCCACCACAACAAAAUCAACAAAAUCAACAAAAUCAACAAAAUCAACAAAGAGGAAGGGGUAGAAGGCAAUCACAGGAAGAAGAGGAGGAAGAGGAAGUAGAAGAAGUAGAGCAACCACAACAAAGAGGAAGAAGAACAACAACCACUACUACAACCACAACCACAACAUCUUCACAAAGAAGAAGAUAA